GCUUGCCGCAAUAUGGCACAAGAGCCAUGCUUGCUGCCAGAGGCGCUCGACAACAUUGCCCGCUUCAUCAACGACCGGCAUACGCUCCAAGCCUUCUUCGCUGCCGUGCCAAUGCCAGAGCCCGCCGCCUUGCACGACCUCGUCACAAACCCCGACGCGUCGAUCUUCGUGAUGGAUCGGCCCACGAUCGUGCUGUACAGCGCGCCAGAGCUUGCGUCCACGGUCGCGCGUCUAUAUGCGCUCUUGUCGCUGCGGCCGUCGCUUUUGGUGGUGGUAAACAGUGGCACCAACCUCGACUACCUUGGCCCGCUCCUGCCCAAGGUCACGGCGAUGACAGUCGAGAUGCACACGGCGACGCCGACCGAUGAGACGACGUGGGUGCGUGCAAUUGUGCGGCGGUGCCCGCACCCCAACGAGCUGCACGUUCAUCUCGCGGUGCGCCACAAGUUGGUUGCCCCACGGCUGCCGCUCCUGGCCUUUCCUGCGCUGCGGUUCUUGACACUGCGGACGAGGGUGCCCCUGGAUGGGGCGUCUAUCGCUACGAUCCAUGCGUGGCUUGAGCGGGGCACGGCCGUUGGCUUGUCCCUCGACGACGUUCAUUUUCGGGAGGCGGACGCGCGCGCGCUGUGCGACGCCUUGCACGCGUGCCACUCACUGGUCGAGCUCCAUCUGAUCGACGUGGCCUACCUCACGCUGGCCAUGCUGGGCGCUCGGCCGUUGCCGUCCACCCUCCGCGUCUUUACGUACAACAGGCUUUAUGUCCGUGCGACGCCAUCGCCGCUGCUCACAGCGCUGCGCAGUGCGAACCAGCUCCACACACUCGACCUCUCGGGCGGCGGCCAUGUGAUCCCGGGUGCGAUCGCAGAGCUGCUGCCGCAUUUCCCACACCUUCGGACGCUCGACUUGUCCGGGCACAAAUUUGAGCCGCAAGAUGACAUUUUGCACCUCAUUACUGCGAUGGCCAAGGUCCGCUCGCUCGAGCAAAUCAUGCUGCGCCGAUGCGACCUUCCAAACGAAGCGAUUUCUGCGCUUAUCGAAUGCAUCCCAGCAUGGACGUCGCUGCGCCGCCUCGAUCUCGCAGGUGUACGCCGUAUUCGCGCGCCGCAGCUCCAGACGAUGCUGUCGGUGCUGCUAGGAUGUCCCCACUUUGCUAUUCUCGGCUUGCGCUUUCCACUGUUCACGGACGCGACGUGGCGCAACAUCGUCCCAGCGCUCGGCGCCGGUCUUCUGCACUGGCGGCGUCUUGUAUUUAGCGAGUGCCAACCCACCGCUGUCCAAGUGCUGCAGCUUUUGCGUCGUCUCUUGGAGCACAACCAAGAACCGUUUAGCGUGACUUGCGGCAAGGGCUACUCGGAGUAUGCGUUGCAAGCCGCGUAUUCUGGGCUGCUUCACGAACUCGGUCCUUUGCAGCCGCCAAUCCAGGCCUCUCCAUGUGUCAUUGCUAUUGAAAAAGUUUAGUUUAGCUUAAUCCAUCGUUAUUGUAUCAAGUUUCUUUCAUCA